UUUGUGUUGCAAGAGAGAGAGCGCGCGCGUUUGUUUAUUUCGACAGAUAUUUGCGUUCUGUCGCGCAAUUCGUUAGAUAAAGUAGUUCGUUACUGGAAAAAACUACGCUGUUAUAAAAAUAACCAAGCUACCGAAACUGCAGGCUGUCUCGAACAGACCCAGACCCUGCCUGCCAUCACAACACACUCCACAAGAGCAGAAAGGAAGGUCUUCGGGUUCAUGUUUAAUAAACAAUCCAGUGGAAAAUAAUUAGCUGAUAAGGCGCAUGCUUUGAUUCAGCGAGGAGGUCAACAUCAAAACAGAGACAGGGACUGUACAUUUGGCCAGUUUUGAGUCUGGACGUGCUUGUACUCUUGGUGCCGCAAGCUCCAUUAAUCUGAUGUGCUGACGGGGACGAUGGACCGAGUUCGACGGCAGAGGAGGCUUGAGACUGCAGUCAUAACAGCUCUUGUAAGGGCGUCUCCACAAACAUGCAUAAUGGAUACCAGCAACGCAGCCACAUCAUAAGUCAAAGGUGACACAAAUUGUUAUGGAGUUAUCAGGAGGAAGGAGCAGUUGCUACGUCAAGGCCAAAGCCAGCAGUGAGCAUGAUAACACAGCGUUGAUUAUAAAGUGAGGACUGCGUCACACAGACCACAGGGAAGAAAGAAAGUCACUCAGGUUUGGAACGACAUAAUGCACUCGUCAAUCUGACCCUAACGAUCAGCCCGGUGCAGCCGUACAUCUGGUGCAGAUGUAGCAGUCUCUCUCUCACUGGAUCAGGGGUGCUGGAUGUCUGCCAAGCAGUGAAUGUGCUUCCUGAUGUCUGUGGCCAGUAGAGAGAGUAAACACACACAGACAUCACAGAGGAGACAGAUGUGAUGGCCGUUUCAGAAGAUCAGAGAGUGAGAAGCCCAAAACGCUGCUCCACAAGGUCCAAAGCUCAACGGGGAGCUCCUCAUAUGUCUACAUGAAAAACCAAGUUUGGCUGCUCUGCCUGUGACCGCAUCCCUCAACUACAGCAGCAUCGCCGAUCCAUGUAAAAAAGAACAGCUGCUCCUCUUCGCACCAUGCUUUGAAUGUAUGCACCAGUCCCCGGCCCGCAAAGUAGAUCCCCAUGUCAAAACCUCAGGAAGACGCCGGUCCCACAGGAACCGAGCUGACCACCGCCAUCUGCACUUGACGAGCUUGUCAGCCGCGUGCAGCAGGCCAGCUUCUUUUCUUAUCGUCAGGAAGUUGUCAGGACACCACCAUGAAAGCCCUCUUAGACUAAUACAGUUAUCUGUUUAUCUGAAGCAGAUGAAAAACUUCCUCUGAAUGAAUAUACACAAUAUCUUGGCACACCAGUCAGGAUCCAGCACAGAGGAACCUAUCUUUAAAAUCACAGGCAUAUAGUGAAGAAAAAGCAACCAUUAAGUGGGCAGCAUACAUGGAAACUCCUUCAAUACAGUUUAAAAAGCAUCCCAGCCCAGAACAGAAGCAGAGGCCUGUGUUUGUUUGAGUGCAGGUCAAUAUUCUUGUGAUGCACACGUCCUCUCUUCAUCCCUAACUUUAGUCAUGAUUACUGAGACUUGGCAACCCUGGUUAUGUGUGCAGGCCACAGGAGGAGGUGCUGAAAGGUUAGAUGUACAAUCAGGAAAUUCUCUGUGAUGGCUUCAGCUCCCUCAAGACUGCAGGUUGACAUAAUGAAUCAUCCAGCAGAGAGAGGAGGUCAGGCUUCAGAGGGACACUUAUGUUGACCGGUCAUCUGCUUUGACCAUUUGUCCAGUGGCAGGAGACUUAUGGAGAACUGCUCCCCUCUGAGUAAUCACAAGGUCCACGACAUGAUAGAGCAGGAAGCGGACAUGCGGUGCGGGCCGAAGAAGGGCCAGGCAGCGAGAGGAACUGUUCGGCAAUUCCUCCGUAUUUGCCACCAACAGCUGUAAACACAACUCUGAGGCUUCGUGACUUGAGAGAGUCCAUGAUCCCCUUGAACAUCUCUGCCUACAUCAUCCCUGCUACAGAUGCUCAUCUGAGUGAGUACAUCGCCCCCAGAGAUGCGAGGAUGGCCUGGAUGUCUGGCUUCACUGGCUCUGCAGGCACAGCAGUAAUUACUCAAAACAAGGCUGUUUUGUGGACCGAUAGCCGCUACUGGAUUCAAGCAGAGAGACAAAUGGACUGUAACUGGGAGUUAGAGCGUGAUGCCUCCAUUCGCAGCAUUACCAACUGGUUAAUCCUAGAGAUCCCUGAGGGAGAUCAGGUGGGCUUUGACCCAUUCCUCUUCUCUGUAGACACAUUUGGCGUCUACAAUACCAACCUGGCUCCAGCGGGCCGGAUCCUGAAGUCUAUUCCUGAUAACCUGGUGGAUAAAAUAUGGACAGAUCGACCUCCUCUGCCUCCUGACAAUCCCAUGCGCUUACCUGACAGUGUUAUUGAGAGGACCUGGCCUAUGAAAGUAGAGCAGAUACGAGCCCAAAUGAGUGACAAUCCAUACAAGCCCACCGCUGUGCUGCUUUCUGCUUUGGAUGAGACUGCAUGGUUGUUUAAUCUACGAGGCAACGACAUCCCUUUUAAUCCAUUCUUCUAUUCUUACACUCUGCUGUCAAUGGAUGAGAUAUGGCUCUUUGUGCACAAUGAACGAAUAUCAGAAGAGUUGAAGGUGUACCUGAAUGCUUCGUGCUACCUGGCCUAUUGUGUGCAGCUGCUUGAGUACAGCUCUGUGCGCACGUACCUGAGGAACUAUCUACAGAGACCCAACACAAGGGUGUGGGUGGGUACAGAGUACACCAACCAAGCCCUGUAUGAGCUCAUCACUCCUGAGGACAAACUACUGACCAGCACCUACUCUCCAGUACUGACCACAAAAGCAGUGAAAGAUGUGACAGAGCAGCGAAUUCUCAAAGAAGCUCAUGUUAGGGACGCAGUCGCAGUCAUGCAGCUUCUGUUGUGGCUUGAAAAGAAAGUUCCAGAAGGCACAGAGACCGAGCUCACAGCAGCACAAUUUGUUGAUCAGUGUCGCAGCAAGCAAAAGAACAGCAGAGGGCCGAGUUUUGAAACCAUUUCUGCAAGUGGACCUAAUGCUGCUCUUGCUCACUACAGUCCAUCUAUUGAAACUUCAAGGAAGUUGACAGUGAAUGAGAUGUAUCUUGUUGACUCUGGAGGACAGUACCUUGAUGGUACCACUGAUAUAACGCGUACUGUGCACUGGGGUACACCCACUGACUUUCAAAAGGAGGCCUACACAAGGGUGCUCAUGGGAAAUAUUGAGAUUUCAAGAAACAUCUUUCCUGCUGGAACUAGAGGCGUGAACAUGGAGAUGCUGGGACGAAGAGCAUUGUGGGAAGUUGGUUUAAAUUAUGGUCAUGGCACUGGACAUGGUGUAGGGAACUACUUUGGAGUCCAUGAAUGGCCUGUGGGUUUUCAGUCCAAUAAUAUUCCAUUUCAAGAGGGGAUGUUUACAUCAAUUGAACCUGGUUAUUACAAGGAGAAUGACUUUGGUAUAAGGAUAGAGGACAUUGCUGUCACUGUUCCAGCUACUACAAAGCAUAGCAGCAAUUACCUGACAUUUGAAACAGUCUCAUUGGUGCCUUAUGACAGAAAACUGAUAAACACAUCUCUUCUAAGUCCUGAGCAGCUGCACUGGCUGAACUCAUACUAUGAGACCAUCCGGAGCGUGGUGGGUCCCGAGCUGGAGAAGCAGGGGCUGAAGGAGGAGUAUGACUGGAUGAUAAAGCACACGGCACCUUUCCUUACAGCUGGAGCUUCAGCUGUCAUCUCCUCAGUCACACUGUUAGUAACAGUUCUGGCCUCUGUUUUACUGCAUAAUCUGCUGUAAAUACGUACUGAAGAGCUUGACCUCCACAGCAUUCAGUACUGCCUCUGCUCCUACUGUGGGCUGCUACAACAAACCCAUUUUCAGGUACAAACAGAAAAAAUCUCCAAUGUUGAAUACUACUAUUUCUUCUCAUUUAUCUGGUUAUUUCAAGAUAUUUUCAAUUAAUUUACCAGACAUCAUUAGGAUUUGGCCUUAAGUUUGUUUGAACUAGUGUUAAUAUUGUAUUAUGCACUUCGACAAAGUUUUUGCACAUAUUUCAUUGAAAAACAUUUCAUUUAAAAAAUAUAAAUUACUGAUGUAUGUAUGCCAAAUUUAUGUUUAGAUGAUCAUUGUGGAUUUAUAGUUUAUUAAAAUAUGAUACUACUAUUGUAUCUCCACUA